GCAGAGAAACAGAUGUUUGCUGAGAGCAUGUGGGUCUUUGCUACAGCUUGUACAGUUUUAUCAUAAUUUGCGUUUAAUGCUUAGUUCGUCAUUACAAACACGACCUGAACGCCGUGACGUAAUAAGAUAUACCAAGAACUACGUGGGAUACACUACAGAAUAAGUUUAAGGAGAUAACAUGGCUGCACCAACGCAAGGGGAAGACAGCGACGAUGGCAUGGACGAAUUCAUGGAGAAGUUUAAAACACAGAAAUACCACAAUGCGUUUAAUGAAAGCAACUGGGAGGAGGAGUUUGAUAAGGUGCCCAUGUUUAUGAAGACAGCGCCAGAAAACAUUGACCCAGAGAAACACCCUGAUCUCGCCUGCAUCCAGUCUAUUAUACAUGAUGAUGACAGAACUCCUGAAGAAAAAGCCAAAGGUCUUAAGGAUGAGGGGAAUGAAUACUUCAAGGAGAAGAAGUACAAGAAAGCUGUUGUUUCUUACACAGAAGGAUUGAAAAUGAACUCUACGAAUCCUGAACUCAAUGCCGUUUUGUACACCAACCGUGCAGCUGCACAUUUUCAUAUAGGAAAUAUGCGUUCGGCUUUAAAUGAUGCUACAGCUGCAAAGAAACUGAAGCCAGACCACAUUAAAGCCAUUAUAAGAGGAGCACAGUGCUUGCUGGAGCUGCGUAAUUGCACUGGAGCGUUAAAGUGGUGUGAUGAAGGUCUAAAGUUGUUUCCCACUGACAAGAAACUACAGGAGCUGAGAGCCACAGCUGAUAAACAGAAGAGAGAAGCUGACAGAGAUGCCAGGAAGGCGAAGGUUAAAGCGAAGAAGGAGCAAAAUGAGAAAGAAGCAUUGUUAGCUGCCAUUAAGGAGCGAGGAAUUAAACUCCUGAAGACGGAGCAGCCUCCUCAUAGGGCUUCAGACAGCGAGGAUGAGGAUAGAGAUGAAGGCACCUCUAGAGCUCUGGCUGAUCUUCAGCUUGAUGGAAUCGGCUCACAGGAGGCAACAGGUGCUCGGGUUUAUAUGGAUGAACAGGGUGUCCUUCACUGGCCAGUGCUGUUCCUCUACCCUGAGCACAGCCAGACAGACUUCAUUUCUGCUUUCUGCGAGAACGCCAGCUUCAUAGACCAUUUGGCAGUGAUGUUUGGUGAAGAGCUUCCUCCCUGGGAUACAGACCGAAAAUAUCAGCCACAGAAUCUGCAGUUGUUCUUUGAAGAUCCUGAAAAAGGAAAUCUUUAUCAAGUUGAUCUUCAAGAGUCACUUCUUGGAGUUCUACAGCACCAAAAGUGCUCAGUGAAGGCAGGAACACCUAGUUUCAUUGUGCUGGUAUCAGGAUCUCCGUUUUCUAAGCAGUUUUUAUCAGGAAAAAAGGUGCAAAGAUUAAAAUGUUUAAAAUGAUUUGGAAUGACCUUAAAAGUCUUUACAUGCCUUUGUCAUAAAUCAACCCACUUCUAUUAAAGACAUUGCUGCUCCCACACCUAUUGAGAAAA